UCGCGAAUCGUCCCGUUGCCGCGGCGAACCUCCUUUCCGGCAGCCGCGUUGCUGAGGUCGGGAUGACGGCCCAGGCGGGCUUAUGGGCUGCCUGGACCGGGCCAAAGCAGAGCCGGAGACGCGGCCUAUAAAGAGCGGCCUCCACAUAAGUCCCUCCUCCCCUGGCCCUCCCGUUGAGGGCUGAGCGGGACUCCCUCGCCUCUCCCGACAGACCAUCUUAAACUAUGUGGAAAUGGGGCAGUGGUGAUGAUUCAGCCUCUACACGUGGAACUCAUGGGACUUCCAAAGCAGCAAACAUGUCAGUGGCCGAUUUGACUGAACAGCUGGCCCAAACUAAACAGCUGGUAGUGCAGCUCAAGGAACAUGUCAAGGAAAAGGAUAAUGAGCUACACAAUAAUAAGCAACAGUUAAAGGAAGAAAAAGAAGCCUUUGAAGCCAACAUUUCCAAAUUAAAGCUGCAAAACAAAGCCAAAGUAACAUCGUUGAAUUCGCAAUUAGAGGAACUUAAGAAGCAGUUAUCCGGAGCUGGAACACAAGAAGAAAAAUCUGAACAAAAAAGAGGAUCUCGAGAUGGUGAACAACAUAAUGCUGCUGCAAGUCGUGGAAAAAUAUUGGUACUUAAAAAGAAAAUUGAAGAAUUAGAAACUCAAAAUACUCAAAAAGAUGAAGAGCUACAGGACAAGAUUGCUGAAUUGAAUGCUUCACGUCUUCGAGGGGCUGAAAUGGAUGCCAUGCUUGCUGAGAAGCAAAAGAAAUUGGCUGAAAAAGAAGCAUAUAUCAUUGAUUUACAGUUAUAUGGUGGAUCAGCUAAUGAUGCCAAAAAAGUACUCAUCCAUAACAAUGAAUUAAAGAAUCAGCUUUCCACAAAGGAGGCCUCACUGAAGAGUAUGGACAUUCUAGUUCAGAGCUUGACAAAGAAAGUUGAAGACCUUGAAGAAAGAUGUAGCCUUCUCCAAGAACAGAAUGAAAACCUGAAAAUUCUUCAAAACAAAGAAAAGGAACACUUCCAGGAAAGAGAAGCCAUGUAUACUCAAAAUAUCCGUAUGUUUCAAAACAUUAUCCAGGAAAAAGAAAAACAGCUGAUGGAACUAGCACAUAAACAUGAACAAGAACUGUUUAAAUUGGUGGCCAAAUCUGAUGCUAGUGCUGAUUUAGAACAGUUACUGAAGGCCUUGAAACAGAAGCUGCAUGAGAAAGAGGAAGUCAUGCUAGGAAGGACACAGGUGAUAGUCAUGCUGCAACAAGAACUGGAUGGCAAGGACCAGCAACUGAAAGAAGUUAAUGAAAUCUUGGUACGUCUUCAGUCAGAAAAAGAUAACCUCCAGUCCAAACUGGAUGCUGAAAAGCAUGUAAUGAGAGCCCAGCUGAAAGACAUGAUGGAGAAACAUGAGGUAGAAAUGAAAAAAGUCAAAGAGAAACAUAAUGCUGACCUUCAGGCAAUCCGAGAGAAGCAUGAAACUGAACUACAAGAAAAAGACCAAGCCCUGCUUCAGCUUCAGAAACAAGCAGCCAGAUUAAGUACCAGUGGACAGAGUAAUUUGGAACAAACUAUUGAUUCAGAUUCUAUAAUGAAGCAGAAGCUGGAACAACUAGAAGCUGAAGUAAGACUUAAAUCAGAAGAGGCCAGCAAAUCUGAAGCUAAGUUUCUCAAGAUGAAAGCUUGGUCCAAAUCCAAGAUCAAGCAGCUGGAAGAUGAACUAAAAAAUGUUACUUCCAAGAAUAAUGAUGUAACUGCCUUACGCAACCAAAUUUCAGAAUUAGAAAGGGAAAAGGAAGAUCUACAGUCUACACUACAAGCAUUUUCUGAACUUAAAACUCAAAAUGAAGAAUUGCUAACUAAGCUGGAAGUUUAUGAAGAACAGCAGCGAAAAUUGCAAGCUGACCUUGAACAAGUCACAAAAAGAGCAGCUUCACAGGCUAGUGAAUCAGACAGUGUGGAUGAACUACAGAACCAGCUUUUGGAAUGGCAAGAGAUUGUUCCUGAGUCUGAGGAUGUGCACAGUCAAAACAGGGAAGAGAAAUCUGCUAUGGCUCUCAGAAUGGCACAGAUUGAAGAAGAAAGAGAAGGACUGAUGGAGGAUGACUGGUUCUUUCCUGGCUGCUCUGAUCCAGCCAUAGUCUUAGGGCAGCAGGAGCUGGAGGAGGAACUGGCUAGAGGUCAAGGGACUGGCAGGCUGCAUCCGGAGAGAAGGAAAAGUGCUCAGCCCAGCAGGAAACUUCAGGAACAGUAUGGCUUUGAUGGAAAACAGUGCUACGAAGAUCUGAAUAUCACUUUGGAUAGCACUGAUUCAGCUGAAGGAGAGAAUAUGGGAGGUUGGUGGCCAGAGUACACUUCCCCUAGUGCAGGUUUACGGACAGUAGUUGAAGAGUUGGAAUUGGAAAGAAAUCAGUUACAAGAACAAAUUCUAUUCUUGGAGGAACGUUGUCGGGGCUUGGAAGAAAGACUGCAGCUCCAAGGCAGAAUGGAAGCUCUACAGAAUGAAAACGAGCGUUUGCAGUCUCAGCUUACACAGCUGCGCAACCAGCAAGCACGUGAUGCAGAAAAACACCAAGUUCUUGUUUCCAGUUUGAAUGAACAACUUAAAGGGUUAAAUGAAAGAAAUGGUUUGCUUGAAACUUUACUGGGGGAGAAGGAGCAAAAACUUUUGAUCGCAGCAGAAAAGGUUGAAUGUACGGAAGACCUGAGCAAUUCACUUCAAGAGAAAGAAAUUCUAAACAAAGAACUAAGUGAAAAACUUUUGCAGAUGGAACAAAAGCUGGAAAAUACCUUGAAGAAGUGCAGUACUUAUGAAGUAGAAUGCACAGAACAGAAAGUUGUUAUCAAUGACUUAACAGAGAAAAUGACUGCCUUGAAAGAUAAGACCUUGAAGCAGGAUGCUGCCAUGGAAGCAAUACAACUUGAUCUUGAUCAGACAAACGAAGAACUUGACAGAUUGAAUUCAUGCCAUUUGGAUGAAAGAUCUCAACUCAUUCAAGAUCUCCAGAGAUGUGAAAGAGAAAUUGACAAUUUAAAAGAAGUUUUAGUCGAGAAAGACAAAGAAAUGUAUGCUCUUUCUUCCAGUAUGUCUGAGUACUCUGAACAGAUUAAUAUUUUGAAACACCAGAUCCAGUGCAAAGAGGAUGAAGUGCGAGAGAUGGAAGAAGCACGAACCAGGGCUGAAAGGGAAGUCCAGUUGUUGAAAGAUGUACAAACAUCAGACAUGAACGAUGCAAGCACAAAAAUCUCACUACUUUCUGAAAAGUUUAAUACAAUAGAAUCAGAAUUGGCCAAGGCGAAAGUUGAGAACAUGGCUAAAACCAAAGAAAAUGAAGAACUUGUCAGGCAAAUCCAAGAGAGCAGCAAAACAAUUAAAAAUCUUCAUUCUGACAUCAAGGCCCGAGAUGUAACAUAUAACAGCAAGUUCAUGGAAUGUGAGUCGCAAAUUAAAUUGCUUAAAGAACAAGUAAGUAAAUCAGCAGAAAAGUUACAAGAAGUUGAGAGAAAAUAUAGGGAGGAAACAGAUGAUCUCAAAUCCCAACUUGACGAACAUAUUUCUGCAAAGGAGAAGCUGCAUAGUUUGCUGGAGGAGAGUGAGAACAAAGAGCAAAGUUUUGUGAAUGAACUGAAAUCUGUGAAGGAUUUAUAUAAUCAACUAAUUUUAGAAAAUGCAAAAAAAGAGGAAGAAUUGGUUAAUUUAUCUAGACAGCUUGCUGAACACAUUGAGCAUCUAGAACUCACCAAGAAGUCUUUACAAGAAAAAUCAGAGCGCAUAGUUUCGUUGCAAUACAUGAUUGAAGAUUUGGAACAGCAGAAGGAAAAGGAAAAGCUUAAGUUAGCUGGAGAACUGGAUGCCAAAGAACUGCAGUUGAACAAACUUAAUAGUGAGUUACAUAAGAACCAGGAAAUAAUUAAAAAGAUUAAAUCCGAAAUAGAAAACAACACCCUAACUAAUAAGCAAUUGCAAGUAGUUCUUGAACAGAAAGAAAAAGCUUUAGUGGAUCAACUGAAAGCCAAUGAUGGUCUUAGAAAUGAGGUCCAUACCAUGGAGAAGGAAAAGCAGCAGCUCAUCAGUGAGAAUGAAAGUCUGUCAAAAUUAUUAGACGUUAAAGAGUGUGAACUUUUGAGACGUGCUCAGUCCAUGGCAGAGAUGGAUAGCAAGAUGUCUGCCAGUGCUCUGGAAUGCCAAAAAAGGAUUUCAGAGGUCAGCUCUGAUAAAGAGAUUCUAAGGAACAAGGUUGAAGAACUCUUGGGCCUUAUCAAGCAAAAAGAAAAUUCAGUUGCUGAGAUGUUGCUGGAGAAAGAAAAAGAAUGUGGUGUUUUGGCUGGUCAGCUGUUGAAAAGCAGGGAGAUGACAAAGCAGUUAGAGGAAGAAAUUCAAUUAUACAGCAGUCAGCUGAAGGGUGCCAAAGACAGAGAGCGGGAAAGCGAAGCGAUGCUAAGUCAGAAAGUGUCAGAGUAUAAUAAAAUGGUUCAGCAUCUCAGUCAGAAAGAAGGAAGAAUUUUGUCAUUGGAAAAAGAUGUACAAGAUAUGGGAAUGGACCUGAAAAUAAAAUGCAAAUCUCUAGACGAAAAGACUGAGCUUCAUGAUGCCUUAGUUAAGCAGAUAGAAGAAAAGCAAGUCAAUAUGACAGAAUUAGAGAAGCAACUAGAAAGGGUUCAGAGUGAAGGCAUGCAAUUGUCUCAACAGAUUGAAGAAAAAGAUUCUGCUCUACAGUCUCAAGGACUAGAAUUGGAGAAUUUUUAUAGGCAGAUUGCAAAGAAAACUGAAGAGUGUGCGGCAUUAAAUCAUCAACUAGAAUUAUUAGGCAAAGAAGUAGAUGCUUUGAAAUGUGAAAAGGACAGUGUUUUGGCUAUUUGCAGUAUAAAAUCAAGUGAAUGUGAUGCUCUUCAGCAUCAGUUGACACAGCAUCAGAAUGAAAUUAUGUCUGUGAAGCAUGAAGCUCAUAUGCUGAAAUUGGAAAAUGAAAAAUUUAAAACAGAUAUUGAAACAGUCAAUGCUUCCUUAAUGAAAAAAUGUGAGGAGACAGCUGCAUUGAAUGCACAGUUGUCACAGCAAGGCCUUAAUAUUUUAGCCAUGAAGGGCCAAAUUGAUACUCUGGUCACUGAAAUAAAAACAUUAAAAAGUAGUUUUCAGGAUAAAGAGGCUCUCCUUUCUCAGAAGGAUGCUGUUAUUCAGCAAAUGAAAGAGACUAAGGAUGCAAGAGAAAAGCAGUAUUUGCAAAUGAUUUCAGAUUUUCAGAGUCAAGUCCAGGUUCUAGGUUGUGAAACUGAUCAGCUUAGGCAAGAAAUGCAAGGCAAAGAAAGUGAAUUUAAAAGGCAAGAACAAGAAUUAAAACUGUUUAAAGAUAAAUCUGAGGAGUCUGUUUUGCUUAGAGUUCAGCUGUCUGAUAAUAUGGAAAUAAUUUCUGAUCUUCAAAGCCAGCUUAAAGCUAUGGUAGAAAAGACAGAAGAAUUUAAUAAGUCAAUUGUACAGAAAGAUGAUUUAUUAAAACAGAAGGAAGAAGAAUUUAUUAAUUUGCAAGCACACAUUUCUGAGUCUUCCUGUAUGCAUCAGAAACUGGUAGAGUCACUGACCUCUGAAGUAGAACAAUUGAAAGCAAACAUUUUUGAAAAGGAAUUGGUGUUAAAUAAUUCUUCUUUGCUUAAUAGUAAAUUAAAGACUGAACUCCAAGACACACACAUUGAGUGUGAGACUUUGAGGAAGCAAACUACAGAUGCAGAAGAACUGAAUUUGAAUCUAAAAAAAGAAAUAAGUGAUCAGAAAAAAUUAAUAAAUGAUAUUAGCGAGACACUGAUGGGAAAAUUGUCUCCUUUAGACAGUGCCAGUCUAAUUAAUAAACUAAGAGAGGAACUUUAUGUGAAGGAGGAAAAAAUGCAGCUGAUUUCUCAGCUGCAUAGUCAAAUUAAUGAACUGACUCAAGAAAUCCAAAAGUUAAAAGAACUAGCACAAGAAAAAGAAAACGCUUUCUUAUCUUUGCAAGACAAAUUUGCUGCUCAGUAUGAACAAAAAAAUGACCUUAGUGCUACUCUGAGUAAAAAAGAAGAGGUUAUUGCUGGAUUACUUAUUUCUUUAGGUGAGAAAGAUGUCAGUGUGCAGUUAGCAGAAAGCAAUGUUCAUGUUCUUACUAAUGAGAUCAAGUUGCUUAGAGAAGAAUUAGAAAAAAAUGCCACUUGCUUAAAAAAUCUGUCACAAGAGAAGGAUGAAAGUAUUGCACUUAGCCAGGAGAAAAUGAACUCUUUGACAAUUGAUCUAGAUUCUGCAAAAUUAGAGUACCACAAAGCAUUAGAUGAAGUGGAACGAUGGAAGUUAACAGUACAACCAAGGGAAGUAGCUCUUCAGGUUAUACAAGAAAAAUGCGACGAGCAGGCUAAGCAGAUCGAAUACUUAAAUUCUGAGCUCAGCAAUCUACAUUUUAAAUCCUCUCAAGAAUGUCAUGACCACAUGCUUUCAGUAGAAAAAUUACAACAACAGGUGAACUCUUUAAUUAAGGAUAAAACUCUUUUAGAGGAGAAAAUUGAUAAACUGAAUAUAGAAAGCAAAGACCUGACUAUACUGGAGAAACAGUUGCAGGAGAAAUCCAAAGAACUGCAAGAAUUCCAAGAAAGAUUAGAAGAUAAAGGUGUCAUUACUUUGCAGCUGAAGAAUGAGAAAGAACAAUUGCAGAUGCAGGUUAGUCUAAAGGGUGAAGAAAUUGGUGAAUUAAAGGUUAAGGUUGAAAAACUAGAACAAAGUCUCCAUGAAUCAGAAAACAGAUGGGUAACAGAACUUGAUAGGGCAACUCAGCAAAAUGCAACUAAUCUUGAACAACUGAGCAAUUUAGAAAAGGAACUAAAAUCAAAAAAUUAUCAGAUUCAGUCUGUGCUCCAAGAACAAGACCUUGUUAAAAAAGAGCUGUCUGAACUCCUGUCUGUGUUAUCAGGUAGUAGGUAUUUCAUCAAAGACAGUGAUAGUAUUGAUGAUCAACAAAUAACUGAAAGUAAGACUCUAUUGGAAAAAUUCUCCACUAUAAUAGCUAGGGUUGUCAGUGAAGAAAGGGAAGCAAUGGCAUUGCAAAAGACCCUUUUAGAAAGAACCAAAGAAAUACAGGAGUUAAAUGAUCAGCUGGAAAACAUGCAGUCUCUGAGGCAAGAGAAAGAGCUGAUUCAAAUUGACCUCCAGAAGGUUAAAGAUGCUCACCAAUCUGAGAUUGAACAUCUGUUAACCAAACUGAGUAUUGCUAAGGAGGCAUUAUGUAAGCAGCAGUCUGUUUGUGAAGAAAGGGAAAUUGCAUUAACAGACAUGAAGGAGGAGGUUAUUUUACUCCAGGAAAAGAUUAUUAAAUCAGAAAAAGAACUUGAAAAUGCUCAGCAGGUAAUAAAUACUGAAUGUCAGACAGUAACAAAACUGUUAGAAGAAGCAGAACAGAAAAACCAGGUGAUAGAAAAUUUAACUUUCCAAGCUAACCAGCAGAAGGAUUUAAUUUCUUCUCUAAGCCAGCAAUUAAAGGAGGAUUUCUCAGUUACUCAGGCCAUGGAAUCCACAUCUAAUGAAAUGGUUAAAUUUCCUGAAGAAAAAUAUAUACCUAUUUCCCAACUGCACCAAAUAGAAACCACUCAGAAGAGCAGUAUGAAAGAGACAGAAAAUUUAUCGCAACAGCUUGAUGAAUGUAAGAAAGAACUUGAACUCGCACAAGUUGUGUUUGCCAACAAAGAUACUAUAAUUAAAAACUUAAUGAGUGAGAAAGAGCAGUUAAAUUUUACCCUAGAAAAAGUACUUCAGGAAAAAGAGAGUUUGAAAAAGAAACUUCAGGCAGCUUUGAUAAUAAGGAAGGACUUAAUUCAGAAGAUUGGAAAGCUUGAGGAGAAUGGGCGAGAAGAUAUAGCAAGGGAACGCAAGAAAAUGAAUGAUUUACUGGAUCAAAUUGAUGAAUUAAUGAAGCAGGGUAAAUGUGCUGAAGUUCAAAACAGAGGUCUUGAAGGCCAGCUUGAAGUCCUAAACGAACAAUUGUUAGAGAAAGAUGCCAAGAUAAAAGACAUAAGUGAAAUGUUGGCUGCUAAGACUAUACUUUUUGAGCAGCUCCAGAAGAAUCUUACAGAACUCAAAGAUGUCAUUGCUGAACAGAAAAGCACGUCUGAUAAGAAUGUAAUAUCGCUACAGGAGAAAGAUGCUCUGGUUGAGAAGUUGAAGUCUGUACUCAAUGAGAACGAGAAAGCAUAUGAAAUGAAAUGUUCUCAGUUUGUCUUAACUAUAGAAAAUCUCAAAGUUGAACUAGCAAAGAGAGAAGAAACCUUAAAGGAAACAAAUGAGGCAGAACAGACCUUAAAUGCUGACAGCUCAGGUACCGACACCACAGAUCUCCCUACUGAAAUUAAUCAAGUUAAUCAGUUGCAGAGGGAGAAGAAAGUCCUGCAAAAGAAACUUCAGGCAUUUCUCGUUGCCCGUAAGGAGAGCGCUAAAAAAAUGCAGAAAGAAAAGGAGGAGCAUGCCAAGCUAUUAGCAGAUUUUGAUCAGCAAUUUAAAGACUUUGAGCUGUUAAAAAAAGAACAUAAUGCACUCCGAGAGAUGCAUCAGCUAAAAUGUAAAGAGCUUGACUCCAAUUUGUUCCUUUUUUGCUCUGUGAAGAAAGAGAGGGAGAUUGUUGGAGUUCUUCAUUGCAAUGAAAACGUGGAACAUAAAACACUGGCAUCAGUGAAGGAUCAUGCUGUGGUGGAAAAAUCAGAAAAGAUGGUGGCAGUUGAAGAGGCUGAGUUAGUGGAACCCCACAGUGUGCACACCAGAUAUGUGGAAGAAAACAAAGAGUUUAAAAAAGAAGUAAGAGAGAAGCCAUUGAAAUAUGAGGAAGAUUUAGAGAAUGCAGUAAAUCUGAAAAACAAUAUUGAACAUUUUAACCAGAAUUAUGAAAAAAGCAAUAUUAGUAUACCAACUGAGAAAGGCCAACUUCAGCAGCAACAGAAAACACAUGAAAAUGAAUUGAUGCAAGUUAAGAAAACUGUGAUUGAAAGUGUAAAUAAUGAAAAGGAUACUCUCCUUAAAAAAAGUGAAGAUCACCUGAACAGAAAGGGAAACAUUGAAAGCUUGAAACAUGAAAUUCAACAGGCCAAUACACAAAUUGCAGAGAAGAGUGAAGAGAUCCAAUAUUUACAUCAUUCUCCUAAAGAUCUUAAAGGCAAAUUUAGUCAUGGGAAUGAAAUAAUGAAAGAAAUUUCUCAGUUGCAACAAAGUUUACAGGAAAGUCAGGAAGAAGCAAAGCAUUUCAAAAUGUUAUUUGAAAAAAUGAGACAAGAAAGAGAAGACUGUAUUAGUUUAGAAAAGUCAAAUCCAGAUUUACUAAGCAUGAAAGAAGAGUUAAGACACAGCAGCGAAGAAAACAAAAAAUUAUUGAUAGAACUAAAUCUGCUACGUGAGAAACUUUUACUAGUUUCUAAUGAUGGCAAAAAUGUAGAAGUAUGUGUGGAAAGUAGAAGAGGAAAUAACAUGGAAACUGUGUUCUUGCAUUCAGAUAAUCAGAUGCAGAAAAGAGUUCAAGAAAAAGACAUCUCAUGUAAAUCCCUAGAUGUCACCCAGGAACUGAUAGGAAAACACAAAAAUGAAGAUGACUAUCAAUGCCAACAGCAGAAGUGUCCUGAUGAAGAAAAAAACAGGGAACGUCUUCAAAGAAAGCUCCAAGCUGCUCUAAUAUCACGCAAAGAAGCUCUGAAAGAAAAUAAAAUACUAAAAGAUGAAGUGGACUUGCUAAUAACACAAAACAAAGAAUUGGUUAAUAAAGCUCACACCCUGGAAAAGCUGGUGUCUGACUUAGGCAUAGAAAAGCAAAACAUUACUGCUACUUCACUGUAUAAAGAAAAUGAAACUGUUGUGACAGAAAAUGUUAGAUUAUUAGUUGAAAAUGAAAAUUUAACUGCUGCAUGUGAAAGUCUUAAGUCUACCAUGGAGACUAUGGUCCAAGAGAAGGAAGCUUUUUCUUUUCAGAUGAAUUCUUUAAAAGAUUCUCAAACAGUUGAAUUGACAGGUUGGAAAGCAAAACAUAGUGAGUUGAAACAGGAAUAUGAGUCUUUGCUACAGGCUUAUGAGAAUAUUAGUAGUAAAAUAGCAGAAAUGAGGCAAGUGAUUGAUAUGACAAGAAAAGAAAAGCAUGAUGCUCUUCACCGAGCAAGUGAAAUCGAAUCUGUGAAACAGCAACUUGAGAAGCUGCUUCAAAAAGUGACUGAUGAAAAUGUACACAUCAAUGACCAACUAAGACAGCUUGAUGAAUCUAAACAGAAGAGAAUUGAUGAGCUGCAAACUGAAUCGGAAAGAUGGUCAUCUGAGCAUCAGUUGUGUUUGAAAGCAUAUCAAGAAAAGGCAGUUGAGAAUAAGCAACUAACAGAGGAAAAUGUGCAAUUGAAGGAAAUGUCUGAGACUUUAAAGCAAACAUUAGAGAGAACUCAAAAUGAAAAUGAAAGUUUUUGUAAGGAUUAUAAUCUGGCAAAAUCUGCUCUGAAGGAUCUCCAAACACUGCUGGAAUUGGACAAGCGUGAUGUGCAGUCUGAGUUCAGUGAUACACUCAGUGAGAGAGAGUCAUUUUUAAAACACAUCCAUGUUCUAAUUGAAGGGGUAUCAGAGAAGGAGAAGGGUGCACUGAUCUUAAAACAGGAGAAUACAUUUAUUUCAGAGAGGCUAAGGGAUUUGGAGGAACUGCUGUACCAGAAAGAAAUCUCUACGUCAAAGUUAGAAAAUGAUGGUAAGAGGCUUAAUCAGGAUAUAGUAAGCCUGAGUGAGAGAAUUAAGAUACUAGAAGAUGACAAGUGCUUGUUACAGGAAGAAUUGGAAAACGUUCAAGAGAUUUCUUACAAAGUGAAAAAUGAGAGAGAAUUUUUGGAGACAGAGUUACUCAAUCACAUAAAAAAGCUAGAUGAGACCACAGAUCAGUUGAAGGCAACACAGGUACAAAACAGUCUGCUGGAGCAGCAGUUGGAAGAUUUAAAAGUGGAGAGAAGCAGUGUGAUUAGAGAGAAAGAAGAACAGCAUCUGUGUCUGGUCAAAAUAUUUGAAGAAAAAGUGAAAUCUGCCCAGAGAGACAAUAAUGGGACAAAAAACAGAACCAAAGAAUUGCGAGAACUUUUAAAGGAAAAACAACAAGAAAUCAACCAGUUGCAAAAAGAUUCCAUUCAAUAUCAGGAGAUGAUUCUAGACCUGGAAAAAACUGUGAAACUUCAACAAUCUAAAAGUGAAAAAUUUGAGAAAGAUCUAAACAACACAGCAGAAAAACUUUCCAAAUCAAAUGCAGAGAUACAAAAACUUACAGAAAAGCUCUCUUCACAGAAAAUGUUACUUGAAGAGUCUAAGGCUGAAAUAGAACUGCUAGCUGCUGAAAACAUACAUAACAAAAAAGAACUGAAAAAGAAAGAAAACCAAAUAUUAAAUCAAAAGAAGGAGUAUGACAGACAAUUGGAUAUUGGUCUUCAACAGCUGAGAGCAACUUGCCAAAAAGAAUCUUUAAACUUAGAAGAAAAAUACAAUGUCCUUCAACAAGAGAAAGAGCAGAUCCUUGGUGAACACCAUAAGCUGCAAGAAGAACUUGGCAUGAAGGAUUCUCAGAACAAGAAUCUUCAGGCUAAUCUAAAUGAUGCCUUAGCUAAAUUAGCUGCUUUUGCUAAAUGUAUGUCUUCUCUUCAAAAUGACCGGGACAGGGCCAUUGGUGAAAUGAAAGCAUGGGAAACACAGUUUAAAGAAGCUAUUGAAAGUAAGCAACAACAGAUAGAAGCCAGCAAUAAAACAGUAGCAUUGUUACAGGAAGCAAUAAAGGCAAAAGUUAUUCAGGUUCAAGAACUGGAGAGCAAAUGUUCUAUUCUAGAAGAAUCUGAGAGUGGAAUGCAGGCCUCAGUAGACACCCACUAUUUCAGUGAACUUUCCAGAAUGAAGGAGGAAAAUGCCACUCUUCAGAAUAAGCAGUGUGAACUGGAAAUUGCUGUCCAGUCAAAAGAAAAUUCUCUUCAGGCACUGCUAAAGGAGAAAAAAUCUCUUAACUAUCUCAUAAGAAACAAUAAUAUUGUAGAAAAAGAGAUGGAAGCAUUGCGAAGUAAUUUGACACAGAAAGAACAGGAAGCACAACAGCUUCUUUUGGAAAAAAGUGAGCUCCAAGCUGAGUUGGAAAAACAAGUUUCCAUUUGUGAACAAAUGAAGGUCAUGCUGAAUAAGAAAGAUGCAGAGAUUUCUCUUCUCCUUUCAUCUAAGGAGACAGACAUAUCUGGCUAUCUUGCUCAAAUACAAACUCAGAACAGACAGCAAAUCACUGAGUAUGAACAGCAAUUAAAGAUUCUGCAAAUAGCCAAAAAGCAAUGUGAUGAAAUUUGUCAGAGGCUACAGAAUGAAUUGAAAAUUGCUCAGAUGAAAGCUGACAAAGCAGUUCAAGACAGGGCUGAGAUGGUCAGUGAAAUUGAUGCCUUUAAAAAGUCCAUGACAUCUCUUCAGAAUAACCGAGAUUCUUUGCUUUCUAAAUUGAAAGAUUUAGAGCGAGAGAAAAAGAGAGCCUUAAGUGAAAAAGAGAGCCUUGUAGCUGACUGUGUGAAUGAAAACCAAGGUCUAAAACAAGAAUUAAGGAAGCUUCUGAAUCAAAUAGACGAUCUUCAUUCUGAAAAUGCGAUGCUAAUGGCACAGCUCACAAAAUAUAGGGAAGAUCUGAACCAAGUUUUAUCCCUGAAAGAUCACCAGUUGAAAGAAUUACUUACACGAAAACUGGAAAGCAUUAAAAGUCUUGAACAGGAAAAAUGUGAGUUGCAGAAAAAAUUGAAUGAAAUGAAGCUGACAGUAGAAGUGCAGGAGGAGAUAAUAGAAUCUCUAAGGCUAGAAAGUGAGAAAUUAACAGCAAAAGCUCAUGACUUAGAAAUUCUCAUAGCAUCAAUAAAUAAAGAGAGAUUGGCUUCUGAAUCCAGAGAGAAAUUCCCACCUCAGGAAGACGAUAGAUAUCAUCAGAAGAGAGGACACAACAUCAGUCAACAGCUUGAAGAAACACAUGAAAAACGAUUACAAGUGUUCCAGGAAGUAACUGGUAAAAAUGCAGUCCAUCCAGAAGAGAAGCAUCAUGUGACUGUUUCAUCUUCAGAACGUGAAACUUGUUCACUGGAGAAUGAAUUGGCAGAAAAGAGGAUCUUGGAAGUUCAGAAUAAAGAACUGAGGUCUCAAAUAGACUCUUUUGGAAAUGCUAUGACAGCUCUCCAAGAUGACAGGGACCGAUUAAUUGAGGACUUCAGGAUGUUUCAGAGCAAGUAUACUUCUGAAGUCAGGUCUGAAAAAAGCCGAGCAGACAGACUUGAAAGCGAGCUGAAUGGUAUCAAAUCAAAUGUUUUUCGUGUGCUCAAAGAAAAUGCCCUUUUGAGUUGGGCAUCUCAAGAAGUGAAAGGUAACAUCCCUCUUGGAGAGGUCACCGAAGAAAUUCAAAAUCUGUGCAAGACAUUGAAUACUCAACGUCUUGAAGUUAACAGGCUUUUGUCUGAGUGUGAGAAUUAUCGCCAGCAGAUGGAUGCCUUUUCCAGGGCUAUGGCCAGUCUUCAAGAUGAUAGAGACAGACUUCUGCAGGAACUCAAUAAACUGAGAAUAGUUCAAGAAGCGAAACAGGGCAUGAGUUCAAGUUCCAUACCUUCUAACUACGUAAAUGAGAUUAGUUCUCUUAAAGAUAAUUUGGAGACUCUUCAGAUGGAUAGGGAGAGGCUGGCUAAAGAAGGAGCAAGUCUUACAACAGCUGAGAUAUCAGAUCUAAAAUCCAAAGUGCAUGACCUUGAGAGAGACUUAAACCAGACAAAAGUUUUUCAAGAAGAAGCUGAGAAAGAAAGAGCCUCAUACCAGAAUGAAUUAAUUGAAUUACGGAGGGAAAAAAAUCUUCUGCUGGCAGAAUGUCAUGCACUUCAAAAUCACUUCCGGGCAACAGUUGACGAGAAAGAAAGACAGAUUGCAGAACUGAAGAGAGUGCAUCGUGAAAUGUUAUCUCAGGGAUCUGGAACUACUGGCAUUCAUUCAACUAAGGGGUUAGAAACGGUUUCUCUUGUUGGAAGCACAGACAGCCCUGAACAAAUGAACUGUCUCUUGGCUGAGAGAAAUCGGCUUCAGAGUGAGCUUCAGUGUUGCCUGCAAGAGCUGCACCAGAGAGAGAUGCGAUUCCAGCAAAUCAAUUCAAAGGUAAUGCAUUCAGCCGAAGAAAAUGCUAUAUUGUCUGGCCAGCUGAAAAUGGUGUCCCAGACUUUGCGGGAUAACCAACUUCAUUACACUGAUCUGCAGAAUUGUUACUUGCAGCUUCAAAGGGAAUAUCAAGCACACAUUUCUGUUCAGGGUACUGUUGAGGGUGAAACUCAAGCAGAAGUUCCCCCAGGAGCUCCCCAGGAGAAAGCUGCUGUCCUUGUUGAAAUAGACAAUAUGGAACUCAGUGAAUUAAGGAAAAGGCUCACAGAGAUGGAGUUGCAAUAUAAUUCAGUGCAACAAACUGUAUCACAACUCAUGGAAACGCUGUCAAAAGAGAGGAGCAGGCGACAAGCUGCAGAAGAGCAUCUUGGGCACUCUGUGAACCAAUUGAAAAGGCUUGAAUUGGGUGGUUAUAGGCCCUCACCUAGAGAACAUGCCAUUCAGAUGGAGUCUGAUGAGGAAAGAGAUGCUCUGAUCAUCAACACCAGUGAACAUAUUAUAGUACGAAAGAUGAAAGGAGGGGCCCUUUCUUUCCAGAGAUGGAUUCGAGGACGAAGUCUUUACUGCUCCAAACUGCUGACCUCCAGAGCAAAAUCUCGCUAUCUCUUUCUUAGUUAUCUGGUGGUACUACAUCUUCUUGUUUUCCUCUGUCUCACAGGCAUCUUAUAAAUGCACUGAACUUUUUAGGUGAAUUAUUUUACUUCUAAAUAAUGGUGUGCCAAUAAUGGUGAGAACAUGAACUUUUCAGAAGCUGCUGUUAUGCUAUGCACUGAAUACUGUUGUAAAUAUUCCAAGUAUAGUGUGUGGCUUUUUAACUUCUUAAUUAAGAAGUUUUAAAUGUACAUCACAGUUGAUCCAAAGUUUGAGUUAAAUUGCUGUUUCACGCUGGAAUAUUAUAUUUGCUAAAGAAAAAGAUACUGUCAUCAAAACACACUACGAAGAAUAUGCUGCAAUAGGGGUGUUUUGUAUUCUUUGGGAAUAUAUAAUGAAUGACUGGGCUGUAAAUGAUAUCUUUUCUAUAUAAAGUUUAUUUUAGCAGAGUUGAAUUAUACAUUUGAAAAAAAAUAUUCUCCUCUCUUGGGUGUCUUUGUCUUCUUGUUUAUAGCAAGAAGCUUACAGAGUGCAAUACUGGGAAAAAAGCUGGAAUCAGUUUCUUGAGUUUCUUAACUUUAAAUAAAAUCUUAAGAACAUGAAAA